CAUCGAUAUUUCCCAGCUCAUAUAAGUCGCCAUGCCGGAGAUGAUGGCCGCGUCCAGCGCCGCAAGUGGAGGCAAAAACAAAGGAGGGGCGUACGUGGACCGCGACAAGCCGGCCCAGAUCCGCUUCAGUAACAUCUCCGCGGGGAAAGCUGUUGCAGAUGCCAUCAGAACGAGCCUGGGGCCCAAAGGCAUGGACAAGAUGAUCCAGGAUGAGAAAGGUGAUGUGACCAUCACUAACGACGGAGCGACCAUCCUGAAACAGAUGCAGGUGCUCCACCCUGCAGCCAAAAUGCUGGUGGAGCUGUCCAAAGCCCAGGACAUCGAGGCCGGUGACGGCACCACCUCGGUGGUGGUGAUCGCCGGGGCGCUGCUGGACUCCUGCUCCAAACUGCUGCAGAAGGGCAUCCACCCCACCAUCAUCUCGGAGUCCUUCCAGAAGGCGGCGGACAAGGCGGUGGAGGUGCUCACGGCCAUGAGCACACCGGUGCAGCUGAGCGACCGCGAGACGCUGCUCAACAGCGCCACCACGUCGCUCUGCUCCAAGGUGGUGUCGCAGUACUCCAGCCUGCUGGCGCCCAUGAGCGUGGACGCCGUCAUGCGCGUCAUCGACCCGGCCACCGCCACCAGCGUCGACCUGCAUGACAUCAGCAUCAUCAAGAAGCUCGGAGGGACCAUUGAUGACUGUGAGCUGGUGGACGGCCUGGUGCUGACCCAGAAGGUGGUGAACACCGGUGUGACCCGUGUCGAGAAGGCCAAGAUCGGCCUCAUCCAGUUCUGCUUGUCGCCUCCCAAAACAGACAUGGACAACCAGAUUGUGGUGUCGGACUACGCCCAGAUGGACCGCGUGCUGAGAGAGGAGCGCGCCUACAUCCUCAACCUGGUCAAACAGAUUAAGAAGGCCGGCUGCAACGUCCUGCUCAUCCAGAAGUCCAUCCUCAGAGACGCUCUGAGCGACCUGGCCCUGCACUUCCUCAACAAGAUGAAGAUCAUGGUGGUGAAGGACAUCGAGAGAGAAGACAUUGAGUUCAUCUGCAAGACCAUCGGCACCAAGCCCAUCGCCCACAUCGACCAGUUCACCCCUGAGAUGCUGGGCACCGCCGAGCUGGCAGAGGAGGUCAACCUGGACGGAUCCGGCAAGCUGGUCAAGAUCACCGGCUGUACCAGCCCCGGUAAGACGGUGAGCAUCGUGGUGCGCGGCUCCAACAAGCUGGUGAUCGAGGAGGCCGAGCGCUCCAUCCACGACGCCCUGUGUGUCAUCCGCUGCCUGGUCAAGAAGAGGGCUCUGAUCGCUGGUGGCGGCGCUCCAGAGAUCGAGCUGGCCCUGCGGCUGGCAGAGUACUCACGCACACUGGCCGGCAUGGAGGCGUACUGCGUGCGAGCCUACGCCGACGCCCUGGAGGUCAUCCCCUCCACUCUGGCUGAGAACGCCGGUCUGAACCCCAUCUCCACGGUGACGGAGCUGCGCAACAGGCAUGCGCAGGGGGAGAAGACCGCCGGCAUCAACGUCCGCAAGGGUGGCAUCUCCAACAUCCUGGAGGAGCUGGUGGUUCAGCCCCUGCUGGUGUCCAUCAGCGCUCUGACUCUGGCCACAGAGACGGUCCGCAGCAUCCUCAAGAUCGACGACGUGGUGAACACUCGGUAAGAACUUCAGUUUGUCCUGAGCCUGCUCGUAUCACGAGGGAUCACAGCACUCUGCCUGCAUCUGUCUGUUCGGAUUUCCUCUGUAGUUGUUACGUUGCAUAAUUUAAUAAAGAACACAUGUUUUUUUUGACACUCCA